CGAAUUAGUCUCGAUGAGAAAAAUCUAUAAGAAUCAUGAGAGUGCAAUCGCGGAUUUAUUAGGACUUUAAACAAUUUAGGUGAAUAAACAAAUGUUUGUUUAACUGAUAAAUCGGCUGUUGGUUGGUGGGGAUUUUCAGCAGUAUAAAGUAAGACGUUUGUUUCUUCCGUGGGUAGUUUUAAACAAAGAAUGAAGCUUCGAGGGUAUAUUUUUCUCUGGUUUUUGGCGACCUGUGGAUUAUGUUGGGGAUCUGAACUCACUCCUGAUUACUUCGAUGAUCUUACCUAUGCUCUAUAUAAAGCCGUUAAAUUUAUUAAUGAUAGACUUGGUCAAGUUAAUAUUGAUAGUAUUUUCGGAAUAACUCUCGCUGAAGCAAAUUUGAUUGCUGCUUUGUCAUCGUCUAAUAUAAAAUUUUUACCUCGUGAACAAUGGACUUUACUUAAUGAAAUUGUAAAUUUAUGUCUAAGUUCUCGCACAAAUUUUGAUAAACAGUUAGAUAAAAAAAAUGAUUCUUUUACUAUGAUGUCGAAAGUAUUAAUACAAUCAGAUAUUUGGAUUCACCCCAUAAAUUGGCAAAAUGGACUUAUACUUUCAACAUAUAAAUAUAAUUUCCUUUCAUCAAAAAAUAAAGCAGCUUCAUUAAUAUGGCAAGGCUCUCCUCAAGAGCCUGAGAGUGAUUCGUGUCUUGUAGAAUUAGUUAAAGAUAAUUGUCAUGUGUCAAAUAAAUGCGCGGAUAUGUUAUUAAAAGAAGAUGGAUCUCGAGGAUAUCCUUUGACUCAUCGAUUGCUUUUUGUUCAAGCUGCUAAAGCAUUACAGUGUAAAGAACAUCGUCGAACGAAUUUUAAAAAUUUGGUUAAAAAUUAUUGUCGAAAUAUUUUGAACGAUUUAUUUGAAUUGGAAGUUAACGGGUUUCCUUCAAAAUCACAGGAUUUAAUAAUGGAACAAAUUGCACUGUGUGGUAUGGAAGGAUUUUCAGAAUUUACAAAUCCACAUUAUGGGGGUUUGAUAAUCGAAUGGCAAAAUUCCUUUGGUUGUUUUAAAACUCGCAAUUCUGAUCAGCAGAUUCAAUUUCGUUAUAAAAGAACAUCGAAUCCUUUAGAUCACGGGUGUGAUGGCCACACCAUUGGGGUCGCUGCAGCUGCAUUAAGUAUAUUAAUUCGAGAAUUCAUUGAAAAUAACCUAAACCUAAAUCCAUAUAAAUAAUUAUAUAAAACUGAGUUAUAAAAAAAAAAAAUUUAGUAUAAUUAUAUAAUUUAUUUUAUUAUUUUUAUAAAUUGUGAUUCUUAAAAUAUAAAUAACAUGUAAUAU